GGCCUUGCUGGCUCUGGCCUUGGCUAUGAGCGGGAGCCUUGAAAGCUCCUAAACUUCCUUAUUUCUUGUCUUUUCCCAAGGAGAGUCUGGGUGUGUUUUAUGAAAGCGAACAGCCUGGUCGCACUCUGGGGUGGGGUUAUGGGGAGAACGUGCUUUCCAGGGAAAGCAGAUAUUUGGAAUAGAACUCUGUGGUAGCUCUGUGCACACCAGAGCAGCUACCCAGUCCGCCCAGGGCCUGCCUCGGAGCCGCUGCCGCCUGCUGGGGGCCCCACCCCUGGUAUGUGCCUCUCCCACCUCUUCCCGUGCAGCUCACAGCUUGCCUGCGGGGAGAAGGUAGGCCAGAAAAGGCUUUGUGCCAACGGUGGGUGGGAGCCUCAGGGCCUACGGCUGCGAGAGGGAGGAGAGGCGGCUAGACUGGAAUUUAAGUGACUGGGCCAGGAAGAGCAGGUGGGGGAGCUGCGGCCCCAGCACUGGCCAGAGACCCUGGAGUCUCCAUUCCAGGGUUGGGGGCCGAACCUGCUGAGCCAGGCCACCCCCUCUCCCACACCCACUUCCAGCACCUGGGGCCGACCUAUCCGCUAGCGUCUCCGCCUCCUUCGCCUCACAUCCUUGCAGCCCGUCCCACCCUACCCUGGCCCAGUACUCGGCAGCCCACGGGACAGCACUGUACUCCCAGCCCGGCUCUGGAGCAAGUCCCGGAAGCUAUGGAGGUGCUGGUCCUGGCCGGAUACCGCGCGCAGAAAGAGGACGAGCUGAGUCUGGCGCCCGGGGACGUGGUCCGGCAGGUGUCUGAGGGGCCCUCACGGGGCUGGCUGCGCGGAGAGCUGGGGGGUCGUUGUGGUCUCUUUCCCGAGCGCUUGGUGCAGGCGAUCCCGGAGUAUCUGCGCGCGGCGGGGGAGGCGCCGAGCCCGCGCUGUGCACGCCGCCGAGGUCGCCCUGCCAAAUCUCGGGGCCCCCAAAGAUGGUGCAAGGUGAACUUCAACUACAUCCCAGAGCAGGCAGACGAGCUGAAGCUGCAAGCUGGGGAGACUGUGGAAGUGAUAAAGGAGAUUGAGGACGGCUGGUGGCUGGGGAAGAAGAACGGGCAGCUGGGAGCCUUCCCAUCCAACUUUGUGGAGUUGCUGGACAGUGGGCCCCCAAGCCUCGGGAACCCAGACAUGCCUUCAGUCAGCCCUGGUACCCAGCGGCCUCCCAAGCUGAGCAGUCUGACCUAUGACAGCCCUCCAGACUACCUGCGGACAGUCUCCCGCCCUGAGAUCUACAGGGUCCUGUUCGAUUACCAGCCUGAGGCCCCAGAUGAGUUGGCGCUGCGGAGGGGGGACGAGGUGAAAGUACUGAGGAAGACCACAGAGGAUAAGGGCUGGUGGGAAGGAGAGUCUCAAGGCCGAAGAGGAGUUUUCCCUGACAACUUUGUGCUCCCCCCACCCCCAGUUAAGAAGCUGACUCCACGGAAAAUGGUGUCUCGGGAAUCAGCUCCUAUAAAGGAACCAAAAAAGGUGACACCCAAAUCAGCCCUCCCUACAGUCAGGAAGCUGGUGACAGCCCCCCCUGGGCCCAGCAAAGCCAAGCUUUCUUGGACACCCAGUGGAGACAGUCAGAAGCGCCCCUCCCGAGACUUGGGCUCCGGUGGCAGCUUCCUCAGCGGGGGUCCAGGCCACCCUGGUAGAAAGGGACCAAAAACCCAGGCUUCCCGGCAGCGCUCUGCAACCAGUCAGGAGGAAGAGCAGAGCAGCCUAGCGAAGGCCUCUCCUGUGAAUAAAACCCCCACUCUGGACAAGACCCCCAGCCCAGAGAAGACUCUGUCUCCAGAUAAGGCCCCCACUCCAGAGGAAUCCCUGACUCCAGAUAAGGUCCCCAUCUCAGAGGGGUCCCUGACUCUAGAGUUCAAGGCCCCAGCCCUAGGGAACCCCACCCCACAGGAGGGCCUGACUCUAGACAAGGCCCCCAGCCCAAACAGCCUCAUUUCUGUGGAUGUGGCCCCUGCCCCAGAAGUCCCACCAGAGGAUGAACUCCUUGGCCCCAAGAUGGUCCCUCCUGGGGAUGAGGUGUCCAUCCUGGAAAAGGUCUUGACUCCUGAGCAGGUGCUCUCUGAAGAGGCCUCCACUAGAGACAACACUCAAUUCCACCACUUCUCUCCGGAGCAAGCUCUGCCGAAGUUCACGUCUCCUGUGGCCAAUGAGGCUCGAUCCCAAGAGGUCCACAUGCCAGAGAAGGCUGAUCUCUGCAUGAUGACACACCCUCUUGAUCAGAGCAACAGCUCCCCAUUCCAGUCUAAGUCCAAGCCAGGGUCCAUGCCUGCCCUUGAGAAGGCUACAGCCCUCCUCCAGGAGGCACCUGGGAAGCAUGAGGGUACCCCGCAAGAGGCAGCACUCCCCAAAGAGGAGGUGGCCCCCAAAGAGGUAGACCCUGCUCUGAAGAAUCCUCAUUCUAUCAAGUCGACUCCAGACCCCCAAGAGACUCCCACCCCACUUUCCCUGGUUCCGCAAAAUCUCACGGACAGCAAAAGUGACAGAGGCGAUAUAAUGAGGCUACAGGACGAGAUGGAAUCUUUAAGGAGGUCUCUGGAGCGGAUGGGGGUGCAGCUGGAGAGGAAGCUGACGGACAUCUGGGAGGAGCUGAAGAGCGAGAAGGAGAAGCGCCGGCUGCUGGAGAUGAAGCAGGGGACUCGGGAGUCCCGGACCCUGGGCUCCAUCCACGCGCAGACGCAGACGCACUGAGGGUGGGCCCGGCAGGGACCACGGCGGGACCUGGGAGCAAGUCAGGCUCCGGCCACCCACGUCCUUGCACACGACUUUAAGAAACGCAAGAAAGUAAACCGCAGUGUACGCGCUCGCCGCGCCUGCCUGGUCCGUGCGGGGGCGGGGCCUGCGUGGCGGGGGCGGGGCCUGCCGGGUGCUCCCGGCCCACUGCAUUCCUGACGGUCUCUCCCGGGCACAUCUGGCCAACAUGUGGCUCCCAUUACCGAUCCCAA